ACGUCAACGUGUGGCGCUACAUCUCGCGAUAAUUAUAGAUAUAAAUACAGCAGCUGUCGCCAAACGAAUCAGUCAGCUCAGACACUUUGGAUCAGUUGUAGCUUUCGGUUUUCUUUCAGCAAACAUGGCAGCAGCUUCAGUUAUCUCAAAUCAGAACGUGGUGGAGAGGGUGACCAGCCUUCCUCUGGUGAGCUCCACCUAUGACCUGGUGUCCAGCGUGUACACCAACACCAAAGACAACCACCCUUACAUCAAGACUGUGUGUGAGGCUGCGGAGCAAGGAGUCCGGACCAUCACCUCUGUGGCCCUCACCACCGCUUCACCCAUCAUCGGCAAGCUGGAGCCUCAAAUUGCCAUUGCCAAUGACCUGGCCUGUAAAGGUUUGGACAAGAUUGAGAAAACCUUGCCAAUACUUCACCAGCCAUCUGAGCAGAUUGUCUCCAGUGCCAAGGAUGUAGUAACCACCGCUAAAGAUGUUGUGACAGGCACAGUGUCCGAUGCCAAGGACAGAGUUUCAGACACUCUGACCAAUGUCGUGGAAAAGACUCGGGGCGCGGUGCAGGAUGGGAUGGACAAGACCAAGGCAGUUGUCAGUGGGAGUGUGAGCACUGUGCUGGAAAGCAGAGUGGCCCGGCUGGUCAGCAGUGGAGUGGACACGGCACUCAGUACCUCUGAGAGUCUGGUGGAGCAGUACCUGCCUCUGACAGAGGACGAACUGGAGCCAGAGGCAAACGCUGUGAAAGGAUUUGACAAGAACAAGCCGAGCUACUAUGUCCGCCUGGGGUCCCUCUCCACCAAGCUCCGUCAGCGGGCGUACACCAGGGCUGUGGCCAAGAUCAGAGAUGGCAAGCAGCGAAGCGUGGAAUUUAUUUCUGAGCUGAAUUCCACUGUUGACCUGAUUGAAUAUGGCAGAAAGAAUAUUGACGGUGCUAACCAGAUGAUAAAUGACAAGCUCAACUCCCUGGUGGUGUGGAAGUCCAAUAGUCCAAUCCAGGAGAAUGGUCACGAGGCAGAGGUAAUUGAGUCCCGCACCUUGACCCUGGCACGCUCCCUCACCCAGCAGCUCCAGACCACCUGUCUGGUCCUGGUCUCAGGCCUGCAGGGCCUCCCCAACCACAUCCAGCAGGAGGCGCUCUCAGUCAGCCGCUCUGCCACACAGAUGUACACCAGUUUCAGCAAGGCUAACGCACUCGGAGAGCUGCCCGACACUUUGCUGACCAGCAGCAAAGCCCAGCUGAGCAAAAUGAAAGAUUCGCUAGACAACGUCAUGGAUUACCUGGUCAACAACACACCGCUCAACUGGCUGGUCGGUCCUUUCUACCCCCGCUUGGACCCGCAGCAGACCCGCGCACCGGCUUCUGCUGCCAGCAGCACACAAGCUCCUUCCUCAAGCUCCGCCUCCAGCCAGUUACACAGAGAGCAGCCCAUGGAGGUUGAGAUGGAGUCACUACAUUCCCAGCAGCAGUAGUGAUCCUUUACGAGUGUUAAGGAAUAUAUUCUGCUUUGGAGGCCAAGAUUAGACUCUUCUAUUGAGUUAACUUAACUGUAGUUCUAUGUAAAACACAACGCUAUUUUAUACUUUUUUUAAAAUUUGUAAUUCUUGUUGAAAUCACAUUUGUAUGUACUAGCCAAUCAGGCAAAACUUAAUCCUGUGCUUUCUACAUAAACUUUAGUGGAAUCA